AUGUCUGGAGGAGCCAUUGCAGCAGCAGGGAGGUUCAAGGAGACCAACAAGACCCAUCUGGGUACAUAUGACCCUGAUACCACGCAUCCCAUUGCCAAGCCGACGUGGCAGGCCUACAUCGACUCGACCUCUGACAGUGUCAGCACCCCUUCUUUCCGUGGUACUUGUUUCGCUGUCAGCGGCAUCGUUCCGAUGCAAUCAGGCAAAGCCGUCAGCGACCGAAGCGGCGGUUGGAGGGCCAAGCUGGCCUGCGCCCAAUACCCCAUAUUUGCGCUCAUCUGGGCACAUGCUUCACGGGUCACAAUCAGGCUGACCUCGUCUUCAGCAGGGGCUAUAUGCCCAGCUGGAUCCCUUCGCUGGGAGCCUUACACGCCCCUCGCCCAGUGCGUUACCGUGCUCGUUGAUGCCAUGCUCGUCACUCGGGUGGCUGAGAGUAGACGACACAUCUCCAACGCAUGGCACCGCACUGCGCACAUUUUGUUGGCCUCAGCCGGGGUGCUAACCGUCCUGGCCAUGUUCUCGUUCUAUCAUCCUCGAAACAUCCGAUGGGCUUUGAUGCUUGACUAUGUGGCUGUACGCGACCUUCUCGUCGAUGGUUCGACUGCUUGUGUCACUCUUCUUACCGGUAUCUAUCUUCUCUCCUCUCGUACAUUGGCGAGCGCACCAUCGAUCAAUCAGUCUCUGAUGACUGUCGCAGUUGUCAACACUGUCCUCACCCCAGUUAUACUCCUGAGCCUAGAUCCUCGGGCCGCCACCGUCACGGGACUGCCUGCCAGCGAUGUCCGUCUAGUUCGCUUCCUCGCCAGGUCAUACGUUGUCCUUACGGGUGUCCUCUUUGGGGCCUUUCUCGUGUGUUCUCCAGACGUAGUGCUGGGCGGCGCCAUCUCCAUACAGGAUCUCAUCAGUGCAGCCAACGUCCGCUCCGACCACUGGGUAGCUCAGGCGAACCGCAGCACAUCUCUCGUGGAAGCGGUGGAAGAAUAUCGUCGGCGUUAUCAGGUGCCGCCGCCACCCAACUUUGACAAGUGGUACGAGUAUGCGACGAUACAGGAGUCGGUUGUCAUUGAUGACUUUGGCCAGAUCAGCAUCGACUUGAAGCCUUUUUGGGGGCGUUCGCCGGCUGCCCUCCGCGAGCAGACGAGGCACAUGCUAUUGUACACGCCAUGGCUCAGCAUGGCAGGCUCCAUGCAGAUUCCGAUGGGCUCGGCUCGAUCAGAGCUUGCGCUGAGGGAAGAACUACGUCCUUUUGAUGCCUCCCAAACGCCCACGUGGCCCGAGGUCGAGCUGCGAGACAACAUGGAUCCAUCACCCUACUUCACAAACGAGUUGCGCAACCAGAUCUACUACAGUUAUUUGUGCCAUCAACCAGAUCUCGCCUACCUACAUGAAUUCCUCCUGUCGCCAGCUGCAGUUAUGCCGACGAAAAUGGCGUUUCCUGUGUUCAGUCAGACAAUGGCCGAGGGGUUCGCUGACAUCUUGUUGCCUUCGCUUUGGAACUUCAACGAUAAGACCGCAUAUGCCGACGACAAAGGGGUUUUGUGGAACAGAAGGAGAAUACUCUGUUUUGGCGCGGACCAGCGUCUGACGGCUAAUGCAGCACGCGGGUCCUGGCAGACUUCAUUGCGUGCCCGGCUUGUCCAUGCAGCGUCUCAUCUCCCACCGUUGACGGCGAGCAACCCGGGAUAUGACCAUGAGCUACCAAGGGUCGACACUGGUUUUGUGGACGAGUUCCAAAAAUGCCACCAAGACGACUGCCGCUCCGAAGAGACAGCAUUCUGGGGGGCUGGCGCCGAAAAGCCUCCCCUUGAGCGAGUUCCGUUCGAGCAGCACUGUCAAUAUCGACACCUGAUGGACCUUGACGGCGCGGGCUUCAGUGGUCGCUUCUUGCCGUUCCUACGGAGUCGGAGUCUUGUCUACCGCACGGGGCUGUUCCGGAUGUGGUUCGGGGAGCGGGUACACGCGUGGCGACACUAUGUACCGGUGGACGUGCGCCUGCAUGAGCUCUGGGAUCUGUUGCGUUUCUUUGGCGGGGACAGGGGAGGAGCGGGGCUGGGGCAGAACAUCGCCAUGGAGGGCAGGGCGUGGGCGGCUCAGGCGUUGCGCAAGCAGGACAUGCAAGUGUACAUGUUCCGGCUGUUGCUGGAAUGGGCACGGUUGGUUGACGACCAGAGGGACAGCCUUGGAUAUGUUACAUGA